AUGAGCACAGUUAAGCAGCGGACGAGGACAGAAGGUAAACCACAGUAUCCGUUGAUGCAAUCUAUAAAAGAUACUUUGAAACUGAAAACAACAAAGCGAACUAAUUCAGAGAAGAAGGUUAGUACACUAAAUGAUAAAUCAGGCAGUCCAAUAAAAAGCAAUAGUGAGAGACGCAAUGGUAUUACACGCAAAGUAAAUGGUUCUAAAAGAUUAUCUGCCCAACGAGUUGCACUUUUCAAGUAUAAUAACGUACAAGUUUUCAACUAUGUCAGGAACGGCAAUAACUCUAGGAAAUCGUCUAUGUCGUCACUGAAUUCUUCUGGAACGGUGGUAAUGUGUAAUGAAUAUGAUUCUGAAGUUACCAACUUGAAACCCCAGAUGCUGAUUGGCAAAGGUGUCUUAGAGCUAUAUCAGAUAAAAACUCCAGCUGCUCUUGAUCGGAAGGAGCAGACUAUGAACUACAUAUCGUUAGGAAGAGGUGGCCAAAUUGUGCAUCCAAUAUUACCGAAAUUGAAGAUAACUAAACUUCGAAAUGAAAACUUCAAAUAUCUAAUAACCUUCUCAAAUCCCGAGAGGUAUUGGCAAAUUGAGUUUUUGCAGAUCAACGGCCAGUUACAUGAUGAGCUACUUAAAAUAACCGAUGAGUUUGAAAGUAUAAUAUCAUCAGUGUGCAUAUUUAUCGAUGAAAACAUAACCAAAUUGGCCUCACUGAAAUCAAAUAAGACUCCACCAAAUAAUGUUAACACUUUAGACCAAAUUAAGGAAAAGGUACAGACUGCAACGGAGAAUGACGAUGAUGAAGCGGAGGAGUUAGACUAUCUAUUGGAGGAUCCAAUUGAGCAGGAGCCAACAUCGUCUUUCGAAUAUGAUGUGCCCACUGAUUUAACGGAAGUCUUUCAGAGGACAAUGGGCAGAAUUAACAGUAACGGGAGUAGAAGAUAUUCUUCUGUUCCUCAAUUUAGCCACAGAAGAAGUAUGAUUAGAAGAUCGAUGUCUCUAUUUCCGGAACAUGAAGGUAGAUUUUCUUAG